AUAUUUCAAUGCUACACUCACGGUGGAUUUAGGGGGAGAUAUUAUGAAGCUGGUGUCAUUAGGCGAUAGCUAUUGAAUCAUUCAAUCUUUACUCGUCGUUUCUUUUCCUUGAUAAUUUGCUUUCUCUCUCAGGUCAUUUCCAUGGUGUUCAGAUCCCCUUUAGAGCUUUAUCCCUCCCAUUUCUUCCUGCCAAACUUCGCUGAUCGCCCUCUGCUCUUGGCGAGCAGCGCGCCCAGCACCAGGUCUCCAGAAGACUUGUCAAUGUUUCAGCUACCGACCCUCAACUUCUCGCCGGAGCAAGUGGCGAGCGUCUGCGAGACGCUAGAGGAAACCGGAGACAUUGAGCGGCUGGGACGCUUCCUGUGGUCUCUGCCGGUGGCACCGGGAGCCUGCGAAGCGAUCAACAAACAUGAAUCCAUCCUCCGCGCUCGUGCCGUGGUUGCCUUCCACACAGGGAAUUUCCGAGACCUCUAUCACAUCUUGGAGAACCACAAGUUUACCAAGGACUCACACGGCAAACUUCAGGCCAUGUGGCUGGAGGCGCACUACCAGGAGGCCGAGAAACUGCGCGGUCGUCCCCUAGGACCAGUUGAUAAGUAUCGGGUGCGGAAGAAGUUCCCGCUCCCCCGGACCAUCUGGGACGGAGAGCAGAAGACGCAUUGUUUCAAAGAGCGGACGCGAAGUCUGUUAAGGGAGUGGUACCUACAGGAUCCGUACCCGAACCCCAGCAAGAAAAGGGAACUGGCGCAAGCCACUGGACUGACACCUACACAGGUCGGGAAUUGGUUUAAAAACCGGAGGCAAAGAGACAGAGCCGCAGCAGCCAAAAACAGGCUCCAACACCAAGCAAUAGGACAGAACGGUAUGCGGUCCCUUUCAGAGUCCGGCUGCACUCCACACAGCUCGGCGGAAUCGCCAUCCACCGCGGCCAGUCCAACCACCAGCGUGUCCAGUAUGACAGAACGAGUCGACACUGGCACGUCCAUUCUCUCAGUUACAUCCAGUGACUCGGAGUGCGAUGUAUGAUACAAAAAAAGAGAAUUACUUACAGGGAACAUGGACCUGAUUACAAAACAAACUAUGAAAUAUCGGGGAAGAUAAAAAAGGACCAGUUGAUAUAAUUAUUAAAGUAAAAUAAAAGCACGUCUUUUUUCAAGCGCUUUCUAUGGACCCACGACUCCUCUUACCCCUAUCACUACUUGCAUGAUAUCUAUAUUUUUUGUUAUUCGGGGAACAAAAAAAGCCCCGAGAAAACAUUUUUACGAGGAUCACCGAGAAGAGGGAAUUACCAGAAUCCGGUGUUUUGUCGACUUUUUAUUUUAUGUUCUGUUCUUUUUUUAUCAGUUCUAGUACAAAUGGUAACGCGCAAACAAGAUGCAAUCUUUUUUUGUUUGUUUUUCUUUUAUGUUCAUCAGACAAUCAUUUGAGUCCUAAGCACCUUUUUUACUACACUAUACUGUCACUGCCUGUGUGGGUACUGGUUAACAUGUGGAACUGAAUCGUUAUGACUGUAUCAGAUUUUUAUUUUUAUUUCAAGAUUUUAUAUUGAAUUAUGUAUAUCUUAAAUAAUGUGAUCAUUCUCCCAGUCUGUAAUAUAAUAUGUGUAGAAACAUGCCUGUAUAUAAUAAUGCUCUACCGUUGCCAUUCUCUUUUCUCUCCCUCACUUUCUUGACUUGGUGUUCCUACAUGAGAUAUUUGUCAAAGCGUAAGACUAAGUGCUCUAGGCGUUCUGUUUGUUUGUUUUUAUACUUUAUACAGAAGCUAGCUGAACAUGUAUUAUCAGUCAAUUUUAUGCAAGGCAAAAAGAUAAUAUAAAAUUUGGAAUUCUUAUUCAUCAACAGCCUAUAAGUCUUAGCCUGUUUCCCCGUGCUUCGCUCAAAGCGCUUAUUAUUAAAUGUUUAUUUCCUGCGUGUUUAUGUUAAUGUAUAAAUUUCUAAAAAAAAUUCAAAUACAGUAUUCCAUUUUGUUA